CGAUAUAAAUAAUAUAAUCCGACAUUAACAAACAAUGUUAAGGAAAGUUGUUAAAUAGUGUUAACAAAAGCUAAAUAUGUUAUAUGAAUAAAGGGCAGUGUUAUUAAUCAGUACUAAAGGGAAAUGUUCCAUGAAUAAAAAAUCAUGAAUUUCAAAAGAUUGCACCAUUAUUGCUUCGUGAAAGUAGUGGUUGUGAAUGCAGAAAAGUGUUCCACGACUAAAAAGGGUUUUAAUUGCGUCGACAGUUAUAUGAACAGAGAUAGAAAGAGCUAUCCGUACAGGUUUCUGAAUAACAAGAUACAAUAUUGCAAAAUUCGUCUAACCCAAAACUUGUGUCAAUGAACAAUCAGAGUGAUACACAGCCUCCUAACCAAAAAUGUGAAGUCUUAGUUAAUACGUCUAAGAUGCACUUUACCAAAAGAGGAAUGAAACAGGAUAACUUACUUCCACUCAAUAAUUCGUCUUAUCAGAUGAUUACUCACCAGGAAAAAAGUACCUCACGUCAACCCAGCGGUGUCUCUAAUAGUAGCGGCGGUUCGUCGCCAACGGAUUUACCUUCGAAUCAUGCUAAUGUGAUUUUUCAAGAGGCGCAACUUCAAAAUGGUAUUGCAAGUAAAUUGACAUCGUCCAAUGAGGCACGCCGCCAGAGUUUCUUAACUCACAGAGCCAACAAUGGAGAAGAUCACGUAUCGCAAGAUUCUCAACUCAUUGCAAAAGAUCCCAAACCUUGGGUUGGCUUGGUGAACGAAAAAGAAGAUGAUGAAAUGCAAAUUACGGGUUACAAACGUUCACUAUUACGUACCACGUUUUGUUGGUUCUUCAUUUGCCUUACAGGCGGACUGUUGAGUCUUAUAAUGCAUUGGUGGCGUCAUUUGUACCUAAUUGCAACUCACGAAAAAUGUUCAUUAGAUAUAGCUGAAAAAGUUUUGAUACAGGAACACUACCAAGCGAAACACGUUACAUAUUACGUGAAAGCAAUUCAAGAAAUAAAUGCUACCAUGUCGAUGAAAUCUCUACAACUACAAACACGAUUCUCUCCAUCUUUACUUGCUAAAAAUGGAUCUUCAGGGAAUGGAAACACAUUGACAUUACAAAGGCAGAGCGAAGUUGAAAUUGAUGAAAAGAGUUUUCACAUAAGUUUACAUUUUUCUUCAGGACAAUUUAAACAUACUAACCAUGUGAGAAUGUUCAAUUGCAAACAUUUGCGUUACGUGUGGGACAAACAGUCGCAAUCAUUUAAUAAAUUAAAAGGACUUGAUGUAAAUGUGUCAAGCGCAUACUUUCAUCAACAGAGGGGUCUACCAGUACAGGAACAAUUAUCGCGGCGUUUAGCAUAUGGACCAAAUGAAAUAACUGUUCCUUAUAAAAAUUUCAAAACUUUAUUAGUUUUAGAAAUGCUUAAUCCUUUCUACGUUUUUCAAAUAUUUUCUGUCAUAUUAUGGUUCACAUAUGACUAUUAUUACUACGCGUGUGUGAUACUGCUUAUGUCCAUGUUUGGCAUUGCCAUGUCAAUUAUUCAAACUAAAAAGAAUCAGGAUUCACUGCGAGAAACUGUACUAAAUAAAGGUUGUGCUUUGGUUGUAACAGAAACUGGAGAAGUUCUUGAAACUGGCACUGAGUGGUUAGUUCUUGGCGAUGUAAUCGAAAUACCCACCAACGGAUGUAUUAUGCAAUGCGAUGCUGUGCUCUUAUCAGGCAAUUGCAUACUUGAUGAAUCAAUGCUUACAGGUGAAAGCGUACCGGUAACAAAAACGCCUUUACCAAUGAGACGAGAUAUGAUAUACGACAAGAAAGAACAUGCAAGACAUACACUUUUUUGUGGAACAAAAGUUAUACAAACGCGUUAUAUUGGUUCUGAAAAGGUUUUGGCGAUUGUUAUUAAUACUGGCAAUAUAACUGCUAAAGGUGGUCUUAUACGUUCAAUACUCUAUCCACCGCCAAUUGACUAUAAAUUUGAACAGGACUCUUAUAAAUUUAUUGAAUGUUUGGGUUUAAUUGCCUUGAUUGGUUUUAUUUAUACUUUAGUAACAAAGGUUUCACGAGGUAUAGAUGCGGUAAAAAUUGCAGUGGAGUCCUUAGAUCUUAUAACAAUUGUUGUUCCACCAGCACUACCAGCCGCCAUGACUGUCGGUCGCUUUUAUGCCCAAAAGCGCCUUAAGAAAAAAAAUAUAUACUGUAUUUCUCCGCGAUCCAUUAAUGUUGCUGGUAGUAUUGAUUGCUGUUGUUUCGACAAGACGGGUACUCUUACGGAAGAAGGUUUAGAUAUGUGGGGUGUAGUUCCGAAAACUGUUACAAAUGAGUUUCAAAUGCCCAUCAAACAGAUUGAGCGUUUACCUUAUGGUAAUUUUUUGUUUGGGAUGGUAACAUGUCAUUCAAUAACUAUAGUGAAUGGAAAACUGAUGGGUGACCCACUGGAUUUGAAGAUGUUUGAGUCUACUGGUUGGACUUUAGAAGACCAAAAAAAUGUUCCAGACUGUCAAAAGUAUAGUCUAAUUCAUCCCACUAUUGUAAGACAGCCUAAGAAAGAAAAUCUUCACGGGGAAUCGAAUAUUGCGGCGGCUUCAGUACAGCGUCAGUCUUCUAUUGAUGACUUAUUGGCUGACGUUGGUUUACUUAAUGGUGAAACAAACAAUGAUCAUGGUAUUGUUCGAGAGUUUCCAUUCACUUCGAAUUUACAGCGGAUGUCCGUUAUUACCCGCCGUCUAAGUGGCUCAAAUUUCAAUGUAUAUUGCAAGGGUUCUCCUGAGAUGAUGCAGCAGCUUUGCCAACCAAGCAGUUUGCCAGAAAAUUACUCAAAACAAUUAGCAUUUUUUGCAAAACGCGGAUAUCGUGUUAUCGCAAUGGCUUUUAAACCACUUAGUUUCAAAAUGAGUUAUAUAAAGGCACAACGUUUGGCACGUGAAAUAGUUGAAAGUGAUCUUGAGUUUCUUGGUUUCGUUGUAAUGGAAAAUCGCCUAAAACCGGAUACAAGUGAGGUGAUAGCAUCAUUAACCAAUGCCAAUAUUCGUACGGUUAUGAUAACCGGAGAUAAUCUCUUGACGGCGAUAAGUGUAGCUCGUGACUGUGGUAUUGUUUCGUCGGACCAAGCGGUUGUCACUGUAAACGCACGACAAGUGCUUCAGAAAGAGUCACAUGCUUAUGAACUUUACUACACACUUGAUAUAGGUGGUUGUGAGGAUGCUACUAAAGAUUUAGUAAAUAUAUCGGAUAUAAUAUCAUUGCAAUCUUCGGCCGCUAAUUCUAUUGAUGGAGUUUGCGAAACUGAGAAUUUCCAAAUCUUUAAUGGUGACGUCUUAUCAUUAAGUAGUGUGUCAAUGACACUACCAAACAGUAAUAGCCUAACGAGUGUUGAGACUUGUGAAACAUGGACGCACCAAGAUCCAGAAUUAGGUGUUGUUAGCUGUAAACACGAGAAAAAAUGUCAUCGUCCUACCUGGCGGAACAAUUACAGAUUCGCAAUGAUUGGUAGAACAUGGCAGAUUGUACGAGAAAAUUUCCCGAAUGAAUUGAAAAAUUUUGUAGUACGUGGCGCCAUUUUUGCACGUAUGUCACCGGAACAAAAGCAAGCUCUAAUUAUAGAUCUUCAACAACUUGACUACUGCGUUGCUAUGUGUGGUGAUGGUGCAAACGACUGUGGUGCCUUAAAAGUUGCACAUACUGGUAUUUCGUUAAGCGAAACUGAGUCUGCAAUUGCCUCACCAUUUACUUCGCGUAAUGCUACAAUUGAAUGUGUGCCAUAUAUCAUCAAGGAAGGAAGAGCUGCACUAGUUACAUCAUUUGGUAUAUUUAAAUACAUGGCUGCUUAUUCUAUGGUGCAAUUUAUAUCGGUUAUGAUAUUAUACUCCAUUGACUCCAACUUAACGGAUAAGCAGUAUUUAUAUGUUGAUUUAGGACUAAUAUCUGUGUUCGCAUUUUUUUUUGGCAAAACAGGGGCGUACGUUGGACCACUCGCUAAACAAGUUCCUUUAAACUCGCUUAUAUCCUUAGCUCCAUUAGCAUCAAUAAUAUUGCAUUUACUUGUCGUAGUUGGAUUCCAAAUGGCUGGUUGGUAUCAGUUGCAUCAACAGGACUGGUUUGUUGCUUUCAAACACAGUGAUGAAGAUCACUUAGGAUGCUACGAAAACUACACUAUGUUUGCGAUAUCCAGUUUUCAGUAUAUUAUACUUGCAUUUAUAUUUUCUAAGGGAGCGCCAUAUCGAAAACCAAUUUGGUCGAAUGUUCCUUUCUGCUUUUCAUUGGUUACAAAUCUUGCAAUUGUUUGUUAUUUAGUAUGUUAUCCUUCGCAAUGGAUACGAGACUUUUUCCAACUAGUUGUACCUAACGAUUUCCGCUUUCGGUUGUGGAUGUUGUUUUAUGGAGCUGCCAACUUUUUAGUACAUGUCAUUGUUGAGAUAUACGUUGUUGACAAUUUAAUCUUUCAAAAAGUGCAACUGCGCCGCGAAAGAAAUAUGAAAAAAUCGAAACGGAAAUAUAUGCACGUCGAAUAUGAUUUACGGUGUUGCAAAACAUGGCCGUCAAUAACAAAGUCAUGUCAGGCAUUCGAUGCUUCAACACUACUUACAGAAAUUAAACCAACAUAUGUUGAAAUAAGAGCUGAACAAAACUUCGACACGCCAGCAUCAAAAAAUAAUGCGCUAAAUAGUUUCUUCGAAGCGGAAUCAAUCCAAGCAAUUCAAAUCUUGCCAACGGUAGCCGAAUGCAGUGUACUUAGUGAAUCCGAUCCAACCAAGUCGCUGUUGACGGAUAAACAAAUGAGAGGUGGUGAUGUUAAUGUAAUACAAAUUUCAUGAGAUUUAAAUGUUGUCACUGCAAUAACUUUAAGUUUACUUUUUGUUUUAAAGUUUAGUUACUUGCAUAUAGUGAGCUAUUUAUUUUGUAGAUUAAUUGUUAGCUGUGUUAGUUUUAAUGUUUCAAUUAUAUUCAGAUAUAAUUCGUAUAUAAUAAAUAUGGGUUGGUUUAGUAAGAUAAAA